UUAUCGCGAAUCGUAAAUUUUACCAAUAAACCAGAUUAAUCAACCGUCUGACCAUCAUGGACUUGAUCUGCCGCAUUUGCCAGCAAUCGAAAGUGGAGGAGUUGAUUCUUAUCUCGUCCACGGCCGCCAGACAGCGGGAGCGAAUUUGCGACAUGAUUGGUGCGGUGAUCGGUUCGAGCGUGGAAGAAUACGACCGUUUGCCUCAGCACGUGUGCAGCGCCUGCUUCGGGCAAUUGGAACGAACGUAUCGUUUAUGGAAGCUAUGCCGGGGUGUCGCGAGAAGGGAAGUAGCACAUCAGAAGGUACAAAAUGAAAAUAGGUGCCGCACUUGCUGCGCGUUGACCGAUGGUGAAUCCUGUAAGAAAUGGGACACGGAUAUUGAUGAUAUGUUUCAGCACCUGAGUGGCGCACUAAUCGAAAUCAACGAUAACCGCCAUUCGUGGCUUUUAUGCAAAAGCUGCCUAGUGGAAAUGGAUGCGGCAUACGAGUUCAAGGGUAAAUGUAUCGAAUCGGAGGCAAGUUUGCUGGAAAGUAUGUCUUUUAUGUGGGAAAAGAUGGAGGUGGAUGCUUGCAAUUGGGAGCAGUUGGUGAUAGACCUAUACGCGGAAGCAGUGCAGGAACAAGGAAGAUUGCAUUGUUCAGUUUGUUUGCUGGAAGUUGAAAUGCAACAGCUUGGAAAGAAAUGCGAGGGUUGCAUGUUGCAGUUUCGGAAUUAUGAUGAAAUUCAAUCGGUUCAAGCAUCCGUGCGUGCUGAGGAGAAUCAUAGCACCAGUCCUGUUGAAAUAGAUAGUGUUUGGGUAGAGGAAAACUUAUCUCAUGAGUUCAUAGAUGAACGGGAUGAGGAAUACUUGAUCGAGGACGACGUCAGCUGUGAGACCAAUUCUGAAGUGGACAUUGAUAAUGACAUCGAAAUAACUGAAUUGAACAACAAAUGUUUCGUAUAUAUUGGAAAUUCCAAAACUCGGUAUGAAAUUUUCGAGAAGUAUCCUGAUGAUCCAUUCCCGAAAGCACGACGGACGGAACCAUUUUGCUGUAAAUGUAUGAUGUUUUUCGAUACCAAACUUGAUUUGGAAGCGCACACGAAACGAAGCCACCAAAAAUCUACCGGCAGGGGAGAGUUUUCCUGUGAUGUGUGUCUCUCUCUUUUUACCGAUCCACAAUCAUUGGAGUUUCACAAAACAAAGUUACAAACUUUCUUUUAUGACUUUUGUAAAUCUUGUAAAAUAGUAUUGAGCUCUCCGUACCUGUUACUGCAGCAUAAAAAGAAAUUUCAUGUGGAGUUGGAAACAGUGAUGUCUACCAGCGAGCAAAAUACAAGGGCAGCAAAAGAGAGUGACUUGACGGAAGUCGAAAUCAAUUGCAAAACGGAGGUCCUUGUAAGAUACGACUGUUGUGUGCGAAAUUGUUGCAAUCGUUAUUCAUCGGAAGAGCAACUAUUGAAACACUUGAACACAGCUCAUUUUCAUUCGCAACAGAUACUGGGGAAUGCUUGCCAAUACUGUAAAGUGAAGUUUCCCAACGAAACCGCUCUGCUGGAGCAUUGCAACCGUAAGGUCGAAAGUCAAAAGCCUCACAUAAGAUCUUCUAAUAAACAUAAUAAAAAGCCAUCAACAAAAAGUCUACCACUGGAUUUGAAACAUUUUAGCGUAGUCAGUAAAAUGGAUAAGAAUACGGACAUUUUGAAGCGUAAAUGUGAGCUUUGUUGCAAGUGUUUUCUUUUGUUCGAUUCCAAAGAAGAGUUAACAGCACAUUGCCAGCAACAUAGCACCAAAGGAGGACAGCCAUUCCAUUGUCAGGUUUGUGGCCGAGGCUUUCUCAACCAAUCUGCCUACACAAGUCACAGAGAUCUAACCGAAAAGCCCAUUCACUAUUUUUGCCGGGUUUGCGAAAAAAUGCUGUGGACAAAAUUCGACUGCAUAAUCCAUAGAGCGGCGGUCCAUUUUCCGGAGGAUAUGAACGCUCAAAUUGCAAGCAUGGUAGAUGCUUUUUUCACAUGCUGUGGCUGUAAGAAACCAUUUGGAACUGAAGCAGAGCUUGUUGAACAUCGACGGACGAAGCACCAACCUCCACCAGCUUCCUCGUCAAAGCCAGUCCUAAAAGUUCCGAAAUGUGAUCAUUGCCACAUGUGUUUCACCAAACCUAAGGACCACGAGAAGCAUAUCACUCUUUAUGAAAGUAAGAUGACAUAUAGAUGCAAGUUGGCUUCAUGUGCUUUCAAAACCAAUGACAUAGAACGGAUAAGGCAACAUAUUUUUGGAACCAGACAUCAGGAUGCCAUAAGAACUAUCGUACGCAGUGCUGAUCCAAGCGAAUAUGCUUGCUGUAUUUUGGACUGUGAAUUUCGAUGUCAUGAUUACGACGCGAUGAUCAAGCAUGGCAGAGCGACCCAUGCUCAGAAGCGUGAAUAUUUCUCUGUUCUACACAGCGAUCGUAAAUUUAAAUGUCCAGUUUGCGGAAAAGGAUUCGUAUUGGAAAUUUUAUUGAUAAACCAUAAGAACAGUAGACAAACAUAUCACUGUCGAGGUUGUGAGUUGAACGUCCCACGAGAAGAGCGCUCUUCACAUGUGCAGUGUGUUGAAAAACCGAAAGUAAAAUGUGAGAUUUGUGAAAAGUUGGUGGCAUCCGAAAAAGGCCUUCGGUACCACGUCAAAACGGUGCAUUCUAAUGAAAGUGAAAAACACGUUUGUAAAAUAUGCGGGAAAAAAUUUGUGCGCCUGGCCGUGCACAUGCAAAGUCAUAAAAAUGAGCGAAAUUGGGUUUGUAAGAUAUGCGCUGCACGGUUCAAUCACAUAAACCUGCUCCGAAAUCACCGUCGAGUCCACAUGAAUGAGAGUGUCUACACUUGCCGGCAUGGUUGUAAGAAGCACUACAAGACACCCGGCGAUCGGGACCGACACGAAAGAUUAGUUCAUCUUGGAAUCACACCCUUCCGUUGCGAGUUUUGCGAAGCUUCUUUCAUUCGGCUGAAGGAUCUUCGACUACACCAAAGGAAACAUACUGGAUUGCAGUUGUAUCCCUGCCCACACUGUGAUGCCGGUUUCAACAAGAAGAGCGAAUACGAUGACCACUGCAAGCAGUGCAAGAACAGCGUUCUGUAGAUUUAUUUUCUAGAGCA